AUGGAUUCCGAAUGUAUUAACCCAGUUGAUUCCCCCUCUGAUCUAAAAGCUGGCCCUUCGAAUUCGAUUCAUAGUUUUUUUACACCGAGGCGUCGACCUUUUUCUGCGAUCAGUGCGAAUGACAGCCCGCUUACUAAAAGCCAAUUAGCGACAGAUGAUGCGCCCAGUCAAGAGAAACGUCAGCGAGUUGCGGGUUACCUUGGUAGUGUUAGGACCCCGGCAAGGGACACAGGCGGCGAGGCGGGGCCGGCGAGUCCGCCCCAGGACACCGUUGUCCAAUGGCCCGCUAGAAAUUAUCAUCCCACUCUGUCGAUAAGACGUUUCUUGAGGGAGACAGGAGCUCUGGAUGGCCCCGGGAGAGCUCACAGGAGACCCUUUCACUGCCUACGUGCGUUGUCGAUAUUAUAUUCGCUCUAGUGAGUCUUUUUUCUUUACUGACAUGGGCGACGGGGGUAGAUUGGUCAGUUGAACUUCUCAAGUUUUAUUCCAGGCCAAAAGACAGCUAUUACUUUCUAUCACCGGAGGGCGAUCUCCCGUUGCCGUUUUCCGUCCGAGCACUCAACAGUAACCCACCCAGCGCGCGAGACAUGAUUUGAAAUGUGCUGACACAUGCUUUAGAGAAUCCUUUGGUUGCCGUUGGGGAUGAGACCGGUACCAUAAGACUCUUGGAAUCGGAUAAGGAUCAGGCUCCAGGAUUUGGUAGGGGGUUCCCUCUCUGCAAUUUACAAUCGGAACCCUUAUUGACAUUCAAACAGAAACAGAUUUUGUGAGAUUGCCCCCGCACGAUAAUGCGAUCUUUGAUAUUUCAAUUUCCAGAGACGAUGUUUCAAUGGUCAGUCCUAUGCGCAACAUGUUCACAUUUCUCAAUCGAUAAUCUAACGAGCAAUACGCUUAGGCCACUGCAUGCGGCGACCAGAAAAUCCGUGUAAUGGAUAUCACGAAGCAAACAAUCACGCAUGUUCUGGAUGGUCAUGUUAGCAGUGUGAAGCAAGUGGCAUUCGAGCCAACGUGUCCCUCCAUCCUCGCCAGUUGCGCACGCGACGGAACCGCCAUGGUUUGGGACCUUCGCGCCAACAUUCAGAACCGCCUUGAUAAUAAGGGAUUUACCACUCACAGACCUGUCGAGGUGAUUCGCGGCGCCCAUGCCUUACUAACAGCGCCCAAAGGUCGAGCUUCUAGAUCAAUCGUCUCGGUAACCGCGUUGGCCUGGGCCAUCCCAAAUACUUUUCUCACGGCUUGCGAGUCGAGAGCAGAGCUCAGAUGCUGGGAUCGUCGCUCUAUCAAACAAGAUAGAAGGGGAAAUUCUCAACCCUGUCGUGUGUCGGCUGAGCCAAAACACCACCAAGUUCGCCCCUUCGGCAUGAACUCGAUAUCUAUUUCCCCCGACAAGUCCAUGGCCUACACCUUGUGUAAGGACUCGAUUGUCUAUGCUUGGGGAACCAACCUCCUCGAGCACGGUCCCUUACAUGCAUACCACCACCCCGAACUCCGCGCUUCUAGUUUCUACGUCAAGUCGGAUGUCAGCCCCGACGGACAGUACCUUGCUACCGGCUCCAGUUCCGGGUCAGCCUGCAUCUUUCCGACGGCCCCGGAGUACUUCGAUAGGAGACUUUACACCCAGAAAACUGACUUCCCAGAGGGGUCCCGCGUCCAGGCCGCUUCCAAGCACAUGCCCAUCGGCACCGGCGUCGUGCUUGUUCGCGCGCACAAUGGAGAAGUGACCGACGUGAGCUGGACAAAUAAGGGCGAUCUCGUUACCAUCUCGGAUGACCACCACGCCAGGUGCUGGAGGAGCGACGAUAAGGGCGUGAACUCCCAGAACUUGAGAGAGAAUGGUGAGGAGAAUGGUAGAAGAUGGGGAUGGGGAUGGGCUCAGCUGCAGGGAGAGAACAGAGAAGAGAAAGAGGCAGAGUUGCCAGAUGAGAACAGUGUUCCUCCUGCGGCCGACCCCGCCGACGAGCCUGAUUUCCAAGGAGGGGAAAGUGGUGGUGCCGAUCACUACUCUCAGGAGCAGUGACAGUAAGUGGGUGCACGGGCGGGUGAUUGGGGAUUGCAUCCAGAACGCGCGAAUUCGUCACGUGCUCCCUUGUCCCAUUCAUCCCCCUUCGUUUAUCAUUCGCCAUCUAUUCCAUCUUUCGGUACCCUAAUGCUUCCCUUUCUACAACUGUAUAGCUCUCUUUCUCCUAAGCUUUAUUUCAUAUCAUCAUCAUCACUAUUAUAAGGUCUGGCGGCGCUAUUUGCUUUUUCAUUCUCGUUUUCUACUGUUUCCGGAGGUUUGCAUCUUUUCUACUUUUACUCCUACUAUACGCCCUACUUUCCACCUUUGUUCCCCAUUCUUCCUUUAUGCUUCCAUGUUCGGGUAUUCUCAGUUAUUUCCUCCCUCCCCCUACAUAUUUCCGCUUGCCCGCCUGCUCGUUUCCUCACCACCCUUCAUCAUAUCGUACCCCUCCACCUUAUUCCCAUUUCUCAUUUCAUGCGUGCAGUACGUUCCAUAAUGUGCGUUUCGGAAAUCCCCAAGUUCCCUACGGAAAAUAGGAGAUGGUGGAACGAUAUGGAAACUAUUGUAGACGGAUAAUAGCAUAAUACUCACUAGCGAGUUGACAACCCUUGCUUCGUUUUUUUCGGUUUUUGUUUUUACAUGACACUUUCUCCUUUGUUUUGGGAGUUGUCGGGGGUGUACGUACUGUAUGGGUUCCUGCGCAGCGGAGCGCGGCUUUCCGGUCGGAUAGAUAAAUAUGUAUCUUCUUGGGUGGACGGGGUGGAAAGGAGGUUUUCACAUUAUCACUAUGAUGCGGUGCUUUCCCGGCACGCUUGAGUUGGCUUUCGAGCCGCGAGAAUGUUUGCAGAGUGAUGGCUCAUGAUUCACGAGUGAGUGAGUGAGUGGCGUGUUAAUAAUUAGUCUAUGGGUAAUUAAGGUUGGCUUGGGUUACACAUUAUGUCAUGAUCAGGAUCCA